GGAAGCGGGAGAAGAAGCAGGAAGGAAGGCAGGCAGUGAGGCAGACAGGCAGAGAGAGAGAGGGGGAAGAGGAAGGCUGUGCAUGCUAACAAGCCCCUUCGUGAUCGUCCCCAGCGCCCCAAACAUGCUGUAAUGGAGAGGAAAGACGAGCGACGUUAAGCUGGCCGCCAUGAACAAGCGCCUCGCAGCCGUCGGCACCUCUGAUUUGAGAGGAAAAAACGCCCUUUUUUCUCGCUGAGUGAAAUGUGUCGCGAUUGCUCGGGGACCGCAUUGUGACAAUGGAGAUCGAAAAUAUCGUGGCCAACACGGUUCUCCUGAAGGCGAGAGAAGGUGGAGGAGGGAAGAGGAACGGCCGCAGUAAGAAAUGGAAAGAAAUGCUAAAACUGCCCCAUAUCAGCCAGUGUGAGGAGCUUCGGCGCACUAUUGAGAGAGACUAUACCAGUCUGUGCGAGAAGCAGCCCAUUGGUCGACUUCUAUUUCGUCAGUACUGUGACACUAGGCCAGAGCUGAAGCGCUGCAUCGAGUUCAUGGACGCUGUGGCUAUGUACCAGCUAGCUCCAGAUGAGAAGCGGAGGGACUGCGGUCUGAAUGUUUUAGACACUUACUUCAAUAAUGGGUCGGCAGCCCAUCUGCCAGACGUACCCCAAGACGUGGUCGCUGGGUGCCGGGAGAGACUUGAGCAGAGUCAUUGUAAGGAGCUCUUCAAUGACUGCACCAAAAUAGUUCGUGAUUAUCUAAGUGGAGCUCCCUUUUCAUCCUACCAGGAGUCCAUGUACUUCUCUCGCUUCCUGCAGUGGAAAUGGUUGGAGAGGCAACCAGUAACCAAAAAUACCUUCAGACAUUAUAGAGUACUAGGAAAAGGUGGAUUUGGCGAGGUUUGUGCCUGCCAAGUACGCGCCACCGGUAAGAUGUACGCCUGUAAAAAGCUGGAAAAGAAACGAGUGAAGAAAAGAAAAGGUGAAGCAAUGGCACUAAACGAAAAACGAAUUUUAGAAAAAGUUAACAGUAGUUUUGUAGUUAGUUUAGCAUAUGCCUAUGAGACCAAGGAUGCGCUGUGCCUGGUGUUGACCAUAAUGAAUGGUGGUGACUUAAAAUUCCACAUCUACAACAUGGGCAACUCUGGCUUUGAUGAGCAGAGAGCCAUCUUUUACGCUGCUGAGAUCUGCUGUGGCCUUGAGGACCUGCACCGUGAGAGGAUAGUCUACAGAGAUUUAAAACCUGAAAACAUCCUUCUGGAUGAUCGUGGGCACAUCCGCAUUUCAGACUUGGGUCUUGCUGUGCAAAUUCCGGAAUCAGAGACGAUACGAGGGAGAGUAGGCACUGUUGGUUACAUGGCUCCAGAGGUAAUCCAAAAUGAGAGUUACACCUUCAGUCCAGACUGGUGGGGUCUGGGCUGUCUCAUCUUUGAAAUGAUCCAAGGCCAGUCGCCCUUUCGCAAACGCAAAGAACGAGUCAAGCGGGAGGAGGUGGACAGACGAGUGCGCGAGGAUCAGGAGGAAUAUUCUGAGAAGUUCUCUGAAGACUCGAAGGACAUCUGCAGACAGCUCCUGUCUAAAGAUCCUAAGAUUCGGCUUGGUUGCCAGGGUCGGGGGGCUAUCGAGGUCAAGCAGCAUCCCAUCUUCAAAAACAUCAACUUCAAACGAUUGGAGGCCAACAUGCUGGAGCCUCCUUUCAGCCCAGAUCCCCGGGCCGUGUACUGCAAAGACGUCCUCGACAUAGAGCAGUUCUCCACUGUCAAAGGUGUGAACCUUGACCCCACAGACGACGACUUCUACCACAAGUUUGUCACGGGGAGUGUCUCCAUCCCGUGGCAGAAUGAGAUGAUCGAAAUGGAGUGCUUCAAAGAAAUCAACGUCUAUGAGACCGAUGGGACGCUAUGUUCAGACCUGGACGUGAACCGACCUAACCCUCCACCAAAGAGAGGCUUCUUCUACCGCUUGUUCAGAAGAGAGGUUUGCUUUAAGAGCGGUUACAGCGACGACGAGUUCGAGGAGCCCUCACGACUUUAAACCACUCCUUCCACCCCCCCAGAUCUAAACCAUAAACUCCAGCCGAGUGCGAAUCUUAGGAACUCAGUGAAUGUUGACCUGUAUUUAUGAACUGUAUUAAAAAUGUAUUAUAAUUAAAGAAAAAAGUAUGAGUUUAAAGAUUUUGUACCUUUGUACUUGAAUUUAUGUCUAGAUGUAUAUUUUCACUAAAGGUUGUAUUGUACAAAAAGCCAUAAAAGUACCACUUGAAUGCAUACAUUACAUUUUGAUUUUGUUGUCUUGGGAACGAGUAUGGAUAAUGUUUAUUUUGGGCAGUUUUUGUUGUAUUUUUUUAAAGAAGCACAGUACCAGUUGUCUUUAUUUUUCUCAAUGUAGCAUAAGGCCUUUUUCUUUUUUGUUCUUUAUUCUUUUAUGUGCUGUAUGUUUUAGCAUUGAUUUGGCCAAUGUGACGUGUUUUUAGCACAUCAGAUCCACCUAACCCCAAAUUAAGGCAUUGCCUCCUCAACUCAAGGCUCAGGUAGAUCUGAAUGAAAUCUGUCAAUAUACAAAUGUAUUGAUUAUUGCUUUGUUGUUGAUUUACUUUGCCCAUCAGAAAGAACCGCUCUCCCAAACCGGUGAGCCCAAGGGGCUCAUAUUUAGCACCGUAUUUUCCGGACUAUGGAGCGCACCAGAAUAUAAACGGCACCCAAUAAAUUCUAACUAUUUGUCGCGGAUGUUAUUAACAAAGAAAAAUAGCUGUUAGAGAAGAAAAAUCCAUAGAUUAACCGCAGCGUUGUAUAAGCCGCAGGGUACAAAGCGUAGGUAAAAAGUAGCGUCUUAUAUUCCAGAAAAUACGGUAAUAUCCGAUAUCAUACAUUGUUUCCUCUCUUCAAUUAAUAUUUUGCAAAAAUCACUUGGGCAGAGUUAGAUUUAUUUUAUUUAUUCCUUCGUUUAACAAUUGGGGGGGGGGAUAUUCCAACAGUUUGCUGCCCAAGCAAGUGCUAAAAGGGAGUGUUAGCAUCACAUUGUUAAAAAUCUGACCUGCAGCUGACAAAUACUUCCAUCCUUUUAGCAUAUUGCUGUCGAAUCAAUCCUGUUCUGCCUCUGAAGUGAGAUUAGAGCCUGCUUUUGCCUUUUGUGCAGUAAGUAGAUCAUGAAUAGCCGCUAUGGAGGCUAAUUUGUGUAUUUAUUUCCAAAACUUUCUUUUGACACUGCUUUUAUGAACUGAACUGUUUGAAUUUUGUGGACUGAUUUUUUUAUUUGUUUACAUUAAACUGUGCAGACUAAUUAAUUGAAUACAAAAUGUGUGUGUUUUAAAAUCAGUGUUUUAAAAUUCAGUUUAUACAAAUUCAAUGUAUAAAAUUUACUGCAGAAAUAUUUGUUGCUUCAAAACUAAAGACCCACUUCGGGUAAUUUAAGACCAAAGCAAUCGAUCUCGUCUCGGAACUAGCCAAUAAGGUGUCAGGUUUGCAGUCACAUGACUAGAGGUGGGAAUUUUUGGGCGCUUCACGAUUCGAUUUCGGUUAAACAACAUUCUUGUAAUAUUAUUUGGUAUAUGAAUUACGAUAAAAACCUUUUCAAAACAGGUUACAGAUGCUCCUCUUGGCUGCUGGUGUACGACGUAUGGACUAUAAAACAUAUUUUUACAAAUUCAUUUUCAAAAGUUUAUUUACAAAAAUCACCUAAUAGUAAACAAUAGGGGUCUGAAUCUUUGGGCACCUAAUGAAUCGAUCCGAUUCCUGGGGUGACGAUUCAAUUCCAAAUUUUUAAAUUCUACAAAAUUGUCAAUUCAACUGAUUUUUGAAAUGUAUAUUGUACAGUAUAUAUAAUGUAAUUUUUUCAGGGGUCCCCAAACUACGGCCUGCCAGCAUCCAAAAUCUGGCCCGCAGGAAGUCCCAAUUGAAAAAAAAAAAGUUUAAUUUUUUUUUUUUAUUAUUUUUUUUUUUAAUUUGUCUUUCCUAAUGAAUAUUCUAACACACCGCUUGUGACUCUCGGUGUCUUCUAGCCGCUCCGGCAAAUCAUAUUGUCUAAAAAUGCCUUUUCCCAUCGAU